AUGGGCUCAAUCGAACAAACACAGCCCUCAGUCAAGGAGGAGAUGGGCCUCUGCAAAAUCCCCAUCAAGUACAACGAAAGGUACAAACCGAGCGGGACCAAAUCCUAUGUCAACCUUAUGGCCCGAUACGGUUUCCAGCCAACCCAGCCAGGACCCUAUGGAUACAUCAACAGGAUGUUUCAACGUGGCAUGGCCGGAUCCACGGUCGCGCUUGGCGGCCGCGCGCACAUGGAGAAGGUCCUGGCACGCAAAAGUGAGGUCGAAGGUGGAUAUGGUGGACAAGUCACUGCCGAUGAUAUCCAAAACGAGUCGCUGUACCUCUGCGAGGUCAAGAUCGGCAGUCCGGCACAGAAGCUCGAGCUGCAGCUGGACACGGGCUCUUCAGAUAUUUGGGUACAAAUGAACUUGCUACCCCGAUACCGCGGCGUCAACCGCACCAACUUUGACGCAUGGAAAUCGUCGUCUUUUAGUUGUCAAAACGACAAGACAUGGGUCAUGAAGCGACCCGAUGGCAGCUCCAUCUCCGGCGAGGUCGGCACGGACACUGUGGCGGUGGGCGGCCUAGAGGUUCCGGACCAGCUCGUGGGGCUGGGCAAGGUUGUUGGUGGCACGUCUACCGAGAGGAUGGUGGCCGACGGUACUCUGGGCCUCUCAAUCCCACAGACCAGAUAUAUUCAGAGGAACGGCGUCAACGACCCUCAGACAUCGUUCGUGGCCAAGAUGGCCGAGGCAAAGAUCUUACCUGAGGAUGCGCAGUUCUUUACGACAGCCUUGUGCGGGCCAACCGAAGGAGGCAAACAAGGGUCGUUCUGCACUUUUGGAUUCGUGGACGAGGACAUGAUGCACUGCGAAGUCUCCUGGGCAAAUGUGGAUAGUGACAAAGGCAUGUGGAUGUUCCCGUCGGCCAGCACGACCAUCGACGGCGAUAGAAUGUCGCGCUCCGGCAACAUGGCGGUGGCCGACAGCUCCACACCCCUCAUCCUCCUCAGCGACAAGGCCUGUGAGGCUUUUUACAAGAAAAUUGAGGGUGCCAGGUACAGCAGGCCACACCAGGGAUGGUUGAUUCCCGGUAGUGCCCAGACACAAGGCAUGCCGGAGCUGCGCGUGGCAGUAGGUGAGAUGGAAUUUAGCGUUGCAACUUCGGAGUACAUGUUUUCGCCAGCCGGCGACGAAAUGUUCUUUGGCGUUGUCCAGUCAAGGGGCAAUAAUGAGUUUGAUGUCCUUGGCGUUCCUUUCCUGAGAUCAGUCUAUGCGAUCUGGGACUUUGGGCACCGGCGCUUUGGGUGCGUUGCCAGGAGCAGAUAAGAAAGCCUUAGUACAAUGUACUAAAGAGACGACUCCUAGAGAUACAGUCGUGUCUGAAUGAAUGAAUGCUAGGCUUGUUUCUAUUCGGUAAUUUCUGUUUCGCCAAUCCGAGGCUGCAGUGAGUGCAGUUUCAAUUAAUUCCACUUCCAAAGAGUGACAAGC